AUGGCCCUUGGUGGUCCCUUGGUCCUGAGUGACAUCUACCUCGCGGUUGCAGACGAACAACUGGAGUUGGCCAGGUCUGCCCUGGCUUCACAUGGUUUGAUGAGUGGCCCCAGACACACAAGCGGUUCUUUGACAGUGCAACCAAGGAAAGUUCGACAGGAUGGCCUGGCUAUCGGUUUUUACCUCACGAAGCCGGACCUGACGAUGGUCCUGACAGCAAUUAUUGAUGCCCUUGCUGAGCGACAUGGUGAUGAGGAGCUCAACGGUCAAAUUACGUGCUACUUUAAAAUCCAAUAUUCCUACCUGCUGAGCGUCCUCCACGACGAUGUUCUCAGUUGCCUUCCAGUCGAGGAUCAAUUCUUCAUCGACCUAUUUGACAAAGUCAUUUUUUACAGCGCCAGAAAGAAGGUCUGUUAUUUCAGACAACAGAUCCGAGCCGGCCUUACAACUGUUGAAACGGCAAGGACCCUCGUGCCCAGAAAAGACCUAGAGAUCGCAGCCAUAAAAGCAAAGUACCACAAACCCGGCCAAACCACCAACCGUGGGAAGCCUAGCGUCAGAAUUUUCUUUAAUACCACCAACAUCAUGCCUCAUCGUUAA